AUGACUAUUUCCAAACCUGCCCCCUCCUCCACCGAGGCAGUCUUCCCAUACAUCAACCAUGACCCAUCCACCCUCCCACACUCCAUAGACCCCUUUACCAUCACCACCGCCUCGGGCUUCAUGCCCUACCAGGUCGCCCCCACCCAGCUCCCUCCUAUCUUCAAACCCCUGACCGACCUUCUGGAACGCAUGCCCGUCCUCACCCUCAACGGCAAGCCAGGUCUCCUAGCCACCUAUGACCUUGGUAAAGCCGUCGAGGGCUUCCCUGAUCUCACUGAUGAGAUUGAUAAGGUUCUUACUAAGGAUGCGUAUAUCCUUGAGCCGUGUUGGGAGAAUUGGUGUAAGGAUCCUGACAGUGGGUAUGGCUUGGGUAGAGAGGUUCUUCCUCACAAUAUUGCUGGGCCUAUGUGGCGUUGUGCUGAGAUAUUGGACCUUCCCCCUUUCCUGUCCUAUGCCGCUUCUUAUGCUCUAUUCAACUACACUCUUGAGAAUCCCUCAAGGGGAUAUGAAUACGACAACUUACGUCUUAUCCGUGGCUUUGAGCAUGGUCUCAACCCAAAGAGCUCCGAGGCUGGCUUCAUCCUGACGCAUGUUGACAUGGUCAAAGAGACAGCCCCCUUGAUCCAUGGAGCGGUUCAAAUCCUCGAUGGCGUUGAGCAUGAUAGUCGACGUUCUGAUGUCAAUGAAGGGUUUAGAGAGAUUCUCAAGGCUAUGGAGGUUAUUGAAGCUUCUAUGGAAGACAUGUGGAAGAACUCCAAGCCGGCCGAUUACUUGACCUUCCGUGUCUUCAUAUUUGGGAUUACCUCACAAUCCAUGUUCCCCAACGGAGUCAUCUACGAGGGCAUCAACGACAGCCACCCAAUGUACUUUCGCGGAGAGAGCGGUGCGAACGACUCUAUCAUCCCUCUCCUAGAUCAUCUCCUCCAAAUCCCCAUGCCAGACACGCCCCUAACCAAAAUCCUACACGAAUUCCGCGCCUAUCGCCCCCGCCCGCACCGCGAGUUUUUGUCGUAUGUAGCCAACACAGCCGAAAAACUCAACAUUCGCGAAUUUGCCGUUCAGGACGAUGAGACUGCGAUCCUUUACCUCAAGACACUGGACCAUGUACGUAGUUUCCGGUGGAGGCAUUGGUUGUUUGCGAGGGAGUAUAUUAUUCGUCGAACGUCGCAUCCGACGGCUACGGGGGGAAGUCCGAUUGUUACGUGGCUACCCAAUCAACUCUCGGCAGUAAUGGAUCUCAUGAUCGAGAUUUACGAUACGUACAUCAAAGACAAAGCAACCGCAACGGUCAUCGAUGGCCCUGCGCGUAGCGACUCGGAACCGGAUCUGAUUGCUCUUUACAAGAAGCAAAUUGUCCCCAUGAUGGAGCAGGUUCAUGAGCAGAAGGAGAAAUUGGCGCGGGAGGUGGAGAGGUGGUGCAAGGAACGGGGUGUUUGA